GAUCCCCCGGCCCUCGGAAUCGCCUCGAUCGUCGCUCGACUCCAGAUCCGGGGGUCGCAACCCCCCCCGAUCCCCCGUUGCAUGGAAUAAGCCCAGCCGGCGGACCCCCCGCUUCCUCCCGCCGGGUCGGAAAGCGGAGCCAGAGCGGUCUCAUGGUACCAAGUGACGUGUCCUCCUUAUGAGAAUCAGUCCCCAGAAGCACCCGAGAAAAUGUCAGGAAUGCAGGCUGUCUGGCCUUCCGACACCGAAUGUAUCGCCAAAUAUAAUUUUCACGGCACAGCUGAUCAAGAUCUCCCCUUCAGCAAAGGAGACGUCCUCACCAUCAUCUCAGUCACCAAGGACCCCAACUGGUACAAAGCCAAAAACAAAGUCGGCCGCGAGGGGAUCAUCCCGGCCAACUACGUUCAGAAGCGCGAAGGGGUGAAACCUGGAAUCAAGUUGAGCCUCAUGCCCUGGUUCCAUGGGAAGAUCACGCGAGAACAAGCGGAGCGUUUGCUGUAUCCUCCGGAGACGGGCCUCUUCCUCGUGCGCGAGAGUACCAACUACCCGGGCGACUACACCCUCUGUGUCAGCUGCGAAGGGAAGGUGGAGCAUUACCGUAUCAUCUAUUCCUCCAGCAAGCUGAGCAUCGACGAAGAGGUCUACUUCGAAAACCUCAUGCAACUCGUGGAGCACUACACCUCCGACGCUGACGGGCUCUGCACUCGUCUCAUGAAGCCGAAGGUCAUGGAGGGCACCGUGGCGGCGCAAGACGAAUUCUCACGGAGCGGAUGGUCCCUCAACAUGAAAGACUUGAAGCUGCUACAGAUCAUCGGGAAGGGAGAGUUUGGAGAUGUGAUGCUGGGCGAUUACCACGGAAACAAGGUUGCUGUGAAAUGCAUCAAAAAUGACGCCACGGCGCAAGCCUUCUUAGCUGAAGCUUCGGUGAUGACACAGCUCCGGCAUAGCAAUUUGGUCCAGAUGUUGGGGGUGAUCGUGGAGGAGAAAGGGGGCCUCUACAUUGUCACAGAAUUUAUGGCCAAGGGAAGUUUAGUGGAUUAUCUUCGGUCCCGUGGAAGGUCCGUGCUGGGAGGCGAGUGCUUGUUGAAGUUUUCCUUAGAUGUCUGCGAAGCCAUGGCUUACUUGGAGGCCAACAACUUCGUUCACCGGGACUUGGCAGCGAGGAACGUCUUGGUCUCGGAGGACAAUAUUGCUAAAGUCAGCGACUUCGGGCUGACCAAAGAAGCUUCCUCCACCCAGGACACCGGCAAGCUCCCGGUGAAAUGGACAGCACCAGAAGCACUUAGAGAAAAGAAAUUUUCAACCAAAUCAGACGUAUGGAGCUUCGGAAUUCUUCUCUGGGAAAUCUAUUCCUUUGGGCGAGUGCCUUAUCCGAGAAUUCCUCUGAAGGAUGUGGUCCCUCGUGUGGAAAAGGGGUACAAGAUGGACGCUCCCGACGGUUGCCCCCAGAUUGUCUACGAGGUGAUGAAAAAAUGCUGGACUUUGGAUGCCACCCACCGGCCGUCCUUCCACCAAUUACGGGAACAGCUAGAGCAUAUCAAAGCCAGCGAGCUCUACCUGUGAAGCCGACCGGAGGGCGGGGCUUCUUUCGGACACGCCCCCCUCCCCGCCCUCUCCCCUGUGCACAGACCUCAGGGGCGAGGCCGGGCGAAGAAACCCCCCUCUCUCCCCCUCCCCUCCCACCCCCUCAAGCCAAGCAGGUAGUUGGUUUUUCCAGGAAUCCAAAUUUCUCCACUGUCUUUAGAGAAACGUACGGACCUUGGACCGCUCCCCAAGGGGUCCGAUGGGUAGGUGGGGAGCCCGGCUCUCUUCUCCCAAGGAAAUCUCUCUUUCGCUCUGUCUCUCAGCUGAACUACCUGAAGAUGGACACGUGGGGACGACCAACGUGGAGGUUCUCUCCUCCUUCCUGUCCUUGGAAAACAAAACCUUGUUUCACCGCAAGGGUCAAAUCGUAUCCUAUUUUAGUUGCAUGUUUUCUCCGACGUUGUCGAAUCCCUCUUUCUUCUCGUGGAGUCUCCCUCACCCCCCACUCCACUCUCCCCUUUCCUUUAAUUCAUCCCCCACCUCCCUCCCCACCUUUUUCCAGCCUCCCUCCGGAACCAAACAUUGUACACGUUCUUGUUUCGUAGGGAAAACGUAAGAAGGGCGGACCAUGCCAAAAAAUAAAAUAAAAGAAAUGAAAACGGGGAGUGGGGGGAAAUAGUGGUAGGACAGCUAUUAAAGGCGCCGAUUUUCUUGGGGAAAGAGAGUCGCUUUCUUGAUAACUUGAUAAAAGAGAUCCCUGACCGCUGGAAUUCAUGAUCCAGUAUCCUCUUCCUUCGGAAGACACCUUUAAAAAAAGGGCGAAAAAAAAGAAAGAUAAUUGGUUUUUGUUUCUUUUUCUUUCUUUUUUUAAAUUGUCAGGGUUUUGUUUGGUUUUGUUUUUUUUAAGAAAAGGAAAGUUAUGGUUUCAAACUGCACCAGAAAUCUGCUUGUUUUGGUUGGGUUUUUAAACUCGAGUUACGAAUCUUAUUUUUUAAUGUCAUGAAUAAAAACGGGGUUGGUUGGUUUGGUAUUUUUUUUUAAAAAAAAGAAGAAGAAGAAGAAAUUUCUGCGUCCACAGGGAAAAACCCUGCCUUACCUGAAUCAGGUCUCGACCAAACCAAGGCAGUGUUUCUUCUCAAAAACAAAAACGCAGAGCCACCCAGGAAAGGGGGUUUGGGUGGGGUUUGGGGUGUUGUUGUUUUU